AAUAUGGCAAGGCCUUUGUCUCCUAACUCCUAGGCUCUGAGUCCAGUACCCGUCUGUACUCUUCCAUCUCUUCCGCUCCAGUAGCUCUCGGUGACUCUACCAUAGCCCCUGUUAUCCUGUGACCUGCAGGUACUGGGAGAUCCACAGGGAGGAAGGCGGAACAUCCGGAGGCUGGGAAAUGGGAGUGUUGACAUUCAGGGAUGUGGCCAUAGAAUUCUCCCCAGAAGAGUGGGAAUGCCUGGACUCUGCUCAGCAGCAUUUGUACAGGGAUGUGAUGUUAGAGAACUACGGAAACCUGUUCUCCUUGGGUCUUGCUAUCUUUAAGCCACACUUGAUUACCUAUCUGGAGCAAAGAAAAGAGCCCUGGAAUGUGAAGAGACAGAAGACAGUAGCCAAACACCCAGCUGGCUCUUUUCAUUUUACUGCAGAGAUAUUGCCGGAGCGUGACAUAAACGAUUUAUUUCAAAAAAUGAUUCUGAGAAAAUCUGGAAGCUGUGACCUUAAUACUUUACGUUUAAAGAAAGACUACCAACGUGUGGGUAAUUGCAAGGGGCAGAAAAGCAGUUAUAAUGGCCUUCAUCAAUGUUUGUCAACUACCCAUAGCAAAACCUGUCAAUGUAAUAAAUGUGGCAAAGCUUUUGGGUUGUGCUCAGUCUUCACUGAACAUAAGAAAAUUUUUAGCAGAGAGAAAUGCUACAAAUGUAAAGAAUGUGGCAAAGACUGUAGGUUGUCAGAUUUUACCCUGCAGAAGAGAAUUCGUACUGCAGAUAAAUGCUACAAAUGUGAAGAGUUUGGCAAAGCCUGUAAAAAGUUCUCAAACCUUACUGAACAUAAUAGAGUUUAUACUGGAAAGAAACCCUACACAUGUGAAGAAUGUGGCAAAACGUUUACCUGUUCCUCAGCCCUUAUUAAACACAAGAGAAAUCAUACUGGAGACAGACCCUACAAAUGCGAAGAAUGUCACAAAGCCUUUAGGUGUUGCUCAGACCUUACUAAACAUAAGAGAAUUCAUACUGGAGAGAAACCCUACAAAUGUAAAGAAUGUCACAAAGCAUUUAGGUGUUGCUCAGACCUUACUAAACAUAAGAGAAUUCAUACUGGAGAGAAACCCUACAAAUGUAAUGAAUGUGGAAAAGCUUUUAUGUGGAUCUCGGCUCUUAGUCAACAUAACAGAAUUCAUACUGGAGAGAAACCCUACAUUUGUGAAGAAUGUGGCAAAGCCUUUACCUACUCCUCAACCCUUAUUAGCCACAAGAGAAUUCAUAUGGAAGUGAGACCUUACAAAUGUGAAGAAUGUGGCAAAACCUUUAAGUGGUUCUCAGACCUAACUAAUCAUAGGAGAAUUCACACUGGAGAGAAACCCUACAAAUGUGAAGAAUGUGGCAAAACCUUUACCUGUUCCUCAAACCUUAUUAAACACAAGAGAAUUCAUAUGGAAGUGAGACCUUACAAAUGUGAAGAAUGUGGCAAAACCUUUAAAUGGUUCCCAGACCUGACUAAUCAUAAGAGAAUUCACACUGGAGAGAAGCCCUACAAAUGUGAAGAAUGUGGCAAAACCUUUACUUGCUCCUCAAGCCUUAUUAAACACAAGAGAAGUCAUACUGGAGACAGACCUACAAGUGCGAAGAAUGUGGCAAAGCCUAUCAGUGCUUCUCAGAACUUACUAGUCAUAAGAGAAUUCACACUGGAGAGAAACCCUACAAAUGUGAAGAAUGUAACAAAGCCUUUAGGUGGUUCUCAGACCUUACUAAACAUAAGGUAAUUCAUACUGGAGAUAAACCUUACAAAUGUAAUGAAUGUGGAAAAGCUUUUACGUGGAUCUCGGCCCUUAGUAAACACAAGAGAAUUCAUACUGGAGAGAAACCCUACAUUUGUGAAGAAUGUGGCAAAGCCUUU